AGAGCAAAGGGAAAUCACUCACCAGUGACCGAGUUUCUCCUCUGUGGGCUAACGGAGAAGCCAGAGCUCCAGCUGCCCCUCUUCCUCCUCUUCCUGGGGAUCUACCUGCUCACGGUGUUGGGGAACCUGGGCAUGAUCACGCUGAUCGCGCUCAGUUCUAACCUGCACACCCCCAUGUACUAUCUCCUCAGCAGUCUCUCCUUCAUUGACUUCUGUCAGUCCACUGUCAUCACCCCCAAAAUGCUGGUGAGCUUCGUGACAGAGAACACCAUCUCCUAUGCGGAGUGCAUGGCUCAGUUCUACGUUUUCUGUUUUUUCAUUAUCGCUGAGUGCCACAUGCUGUCUGCCAUGGCCUACGACCGCUAUGCGGCCAUCUGUAAGCCCUUGCUCUACAAUGCCACUAUGUCUUCUCAGGUCUGUUUCUGGAUGGUCGUUGGGGUUUAUGGCUUGAGUUUGAUUGGCUCCACAGCCCACACAGUUUGCCUGCUCAGGCUGAACUUCUGUAAUGGUAUAAUAAACCAUUACUUCUGUGACCUCUACCCGUUACUGGAGAGCGCCUGCUCUAGCACGUUUAUCAACCAGGUUGUAGGGAUGAGCUUCUGUGCAUUUAAUAUCGUCAUUCCAAGCCUGACUACCCUUAGCUCCUACACCUUCAUCAUUGCCAGCAUCCUCCGCAUCCGCUCCACCUCGGGCAGGUCCAAGGCCUUCAGCACCUGCAGCUCCCACCUCUCCGCGGUUGCCAUCUUCUAUGGUUCCACGGCCUUCAUGUACCUGCAGCAGUCCUCAGUCAGCAACAUGGACCAAGGGAAGGUGUCCUCUGUGUUUUACACCAUCAUUAUCCCCAUGCUGAACCCCUUGAUCUACAGCCUGAGGAACAAGGAUGUCAAGGCGGCUUUAUAUAAGUUUAUUGAAAAGAAACAUUUCUGA